AUGAAGGGUAAGACCUUAGUCGUCACGUCGGGCAAAGGAGGAGUAGGCAAAACCACCACGACCGCGAAUAUCGGUACCGGCCUGGCUUUGCGGGGACACAAGGUGGUGGUUAUAGACACCGAUAUCGGCCUCCGUAAUCUCGAUGUGGUGAUGGGACUGGAGAACCGCAUCGUUUACGACUUAGUGGACGCCAUUGAAGGCAGGUGCAAACUGCACCAGGCAAUGAUCCGUGACAAGCAACUGAAGGAACUGUAUCUUAUCCCCGCUGCCCAAACCCGUGAUAAGAACUGCAUCAGCGCCGAACAGUUGACCGACCUGUGCGGUAAAUUGGAGAUGGAGUAUGACUACAUAAUUAUUGAUUGUCCUGCUGGUAUAGAGCAGGGAUUCCGCAAUGCCAUCGGCCCCGCCCAGGAAGCGAUUGUCGUAACCACUCCCGAGGUCUCCGCCAUACGCGACGCUGACCGGGUAAUCGGACUGCUGGAGGCGGCCGAACUUCAUGGGCCCAGGCUAAUCAUUAACCGGGUAAGGCCCGGCAUGGUGAAGAGCGGCGACAUGUUGGACAAAGACGACAUCGUGGAGUUACUGGCCGUGGAUAUCCUCGGGAUGGUGCCUGCCGACGAUCGGCUCAUUACUGCCACCAACCAGGGAGUGCCUGUCAUUCACGACAAGAGGUCCCCUUCAGGCAUGGCGUUUUCCCGAAUUGCCGCUCGCAUUGACGGUGACGAUGUUCCGCUUAUGGACCUUGAACCCAAAUCCGGGUUGAUGGACCGAGUCAGGUAUCUCAUGGGGAUCAACCGAAGCGAGUACACCCAUGCUUAG